AGUGGAGGGGCAGCCUCGUGUACAAUACACAAUUCACGAGUGGAGGGGUGCUAGGCAGCGGCCAGGUAAGCGAGAACCGAACACUAGUGGGAGACUCUUACUCUUGGUGAGAAGAGAGUUCUUGUCGUAUCGUGUCGUGUGGCAGCCGUUUUGCUACUACACUACUACUAUACUACUACUACUAAUACUACUUGGCAGGCGCUGCUUUGCGUACUGACACCCGACAUGCAAUUUUUUUUUUUCCCCAUGCCAUAUCCCAUCAUUGUCAGGGAUCUUGGUCACCAAUCGAUUUGAGAGUUAGUCACACUCGACACCUCGAAACACUCGCAUAUUUAGUGCGCGGCUCAUUUCAAUGUGCUCCAAUAAUUCGAUCAUUGGAAUUUUUCAUCAGAAUUUGGAUUUUUUAUUUUCUUUUUUUGAACAGGAAUUUACAUAUGGAUGUGUUAUUCAAAAUUGGGAUAUGUAUUUGAAUUUAAUGAGAAAAACCAUUAUUUGGUGUUUCCCAAUUUUUUGAAAAAAAAAUUAGUGAUAAUUUGGAUUAGUUUCAUCAAGUGACAGUGUGAGAGGAAUUUGUGAGUUGGUUUAAAAAAAAAAAAAAAAAAAAAAAAGUGAAAGUGAACGAAACGUUUGGAUAAAAUUUUGGAAAACUGUGCGUAAAUCGUGAGACGAUUGGGUGGUGUUUUUUUGGAUGAACGGAUUUUAAAAGCAGCUAAAGAAGGCCAGCCCGACGCAAUGCGUCGACGCUGCUGACGCAACGCGCCUGGAUGCGUCUCACUUUAAGCACGUUACCACAGCUUACCGUCUUAGCGAAGAUUUUGUGCCUCCUGAUGGUGGUGAUGCGCGGGGCGGUUCCGGCAAUGGUGCGCUCCGUGAGUCUCUACUCGACUUGCAGCAGCGGCAAUAUUACCGUAAUCGAUCGCGAGGUCAGAGCCAUUGAGCUUGAUGAUCACAACGCACCUUAUCAAUCGUUGACGACCCAAUCAGAGGAUUUUAGUAGGAGGCUGUAUAUCCUUGCUGAUAAGAGUCAGAGAUACAUUUGCUUCAACAAGAAGUGGAAACUAGUCGGCAUGACCAAGAAGCACAAGGGUCCGAUGUGUCAAUUCUACGAAGUGUAUAACGGUUCGUAUCUGAGGUACAGAAGUGCGGCAGAUAGUUCUCGUUAUCUUGGCUUUAAUAAAGCAGGAAAACCAAUAAAAAAUCCACACCGUCGACAGGAGUGUUAUAAUUUUAUCAAAUACAAUCCAAAUUCAGAUAUUGAGAAACAUAAUAAUAAAGUAACAAUGAAUAUGGGAGCGCGAGAAACGCUUGAUCCAUCGGCAAUUGUACAACAGCAAAAGCAGCAACAGCAACAAAAACAACAACAACAGCAGCAGCAACAACAACAACAACAGCAAUUGAAGAAAGUAUCAUCAAAUUUAAGGGCUGAAAAAAAUUCCCUACAAUUAGGAGGUCGAACAAAACAAAUGGUAACGAUGCAUCGUCAUCGACAUUCAAAUCGAUGGAAGUUACGCGAGGAGGAUCAUUCCAUAUUACGAAGAAGGCACGGGAGUCGUCUCUUCCUUCAUGCGAGCAAAUAUUGAGCCGUUUUAAUAUAUCGACUCGUGGAUCAAGACUGCCUCAUCCGUGAGAUCCUGAGAGAGAACCCUUCAAAGUAUAAAUAUACAAUAUAAGUUGGGAUGUCCCAGGUAACUAAAAAAAUAUAAAUCCAAUCGGCUAAAUUUCAAGUCCGGUCGGAGUUGCGUCUGCCCGAAAAAAAUAACACAAAUCCAGUGUUCAAAACACGAGAGAACUUUAACAAAAAAAAAAAAAAAUAAACAUGCAGCGAAAGAUUCGACAACGCGCCUUACAAAUAUCACUUCGAGAAAUUCUUCUAAUCGGAUUCUAUAAUGAGCUUUUAUACUAUUUGUAAACAGAGAGCAGCAAAAGAUAUAAUAAUGUACAAGACGACGGUGAAUUUAGAGUAUAUAUAUAAAUAUAUCCAAUUUUUUAAAAACCAAAAAAAGAGAAUUUUUUGAAAAAAUUUUAAAAAAACAAUAUUCAAUAUUCAAAAUUAUUUUUCAAAUUUUAUUGACUGAUUUGUCAAUUUAUUAUUUUCAAUUUUUUUUGUUUGAAGAAUUUUUUCAAAUGUUCAAUGUAGCGUGAUCGCUGCAUGCAAAAAAAAAAAGAAAAAUUGGACUGAUAUUUAAGACACACAUAUAUCUAUAUGCUUUAAGCCUUUUUUUUUUUUUUUGCUAAUGAAAUGUCGAGAAAAGCACAAAAAAAAAAAAUUGAGCAUGAAGAUAAAACACUUUUUGAAAUAAAUUUAUUUUUGUGAAUUGCUAAUAACUCUAAUUUUAUCGAAUCCAAAUGCAUCGAGUCAAAAAAAAAAGGAAUUAAAUUCAAAUAUACAAGUUCAGUGUUCGUUCGGCUGAUAACUAGCGACUAAAAAAAAAAAUGGAAAAAGAAAAUGACUGUAUAUUAUAUUAUUACUAUUGCUUCGCUGGUAAUCGCUUAAUCGUUAUACUGUCCUUGAUUAUUAUUAUAUAAAAUAAAUUGCUGCGAGUCUUUCGUAUAUUUUUCUUGAUAAUCUUAUCGUGCGAAUAUAAUGAUGAUAUUUGACUGACGAAAGGUUUCGUGUACUCGAAUCUGGUCGCGCCAGGUCAGCGCCAACAGUCAAAAAAAGAAGAAGAAAAAAAAAACAAAAUGUGGGCGACGCGACGUGUGCGCUACACUCGUUAUCUCCUUUUUGCGCAUGUGUCUGCGCUAUAGAGCUCAAGUCGCGCAAAAAGAAUAAUAAAAAAAGAAAAAAAAAAAAACAAAAAAAGAAAAAAAAAACUCUCGCUCGCUGUGCUAUUAAUGCCGCCUAAAAAUAGUAUGUUGUGUUUGUAUGUGUGUAUACAACACCUGUGAUAAUUGCAAUCGUGUGUGGUUUUUUUUUCCCCUAUUUAUUGUAUUUUAUAUAUUUUUUUACGGUAUUUAAAUUUUUUUUAGGAAAUUUUUAUUUUCCACCAAUUUUUUUUUUGGCCCCAUUUUAUAUUGUAAAUUUUCAUCUCCUUUUUUUCAUAUGUAUAUAUAUAUGUUCUUAUUGUAAAUUCGCAGAGAGUCUCAUUCCGACGAUCUCAUGUUGCUAUAAAAUCAAAUGGCCGAUAAACUGUAAACUGGCGAUAUUGUCCGAUACAUUCCUCACUUUCAGCAUUAAGUAUUUAGUACUUUGGAGAAAAAUGAAUUCCGUGAAAAUCCUUUAAAAACAGGUUUUUGCCAUUUUAUUAUAUGGAGGAAAUAUAAAUGUAUGGUCAAAAUCUACAGUAAUUUUUUUUUUUUUUUUUUUUCUCAAAACCACGGAUGCAAAUAUACAUAUUGGUGUGUGUGUGGUAUAUAUGAAUGAGAAAAUAAUGUAUGAUUGUGUGUAAUAUAUAUAAUAACUUUACCGCGAAAGAAUUUAAUCCUUAGGAUGCUAAUCGCAGACUGUAUUACUAGGUUAGGUACAGAAUAUGACGUGAUGACGAUCCAAGGAAGAAGUUUCAUGAUUUUUUUUUCACAUAUUUGAAUAUAAUAUUGAAGAAAAAUUUUUCAAAAAAUCUAGUUUUCUUUUCGAUUUAAAUGGAAUUUGUUUUUUGGAAACUAGAAAAUUUUUUUUUAAAUUAACGAAACAAAAUUUCUUAUUUCUUAGAUAAAAAUUUACAAAUUAAUUGUGAAACGACUUUCAAUUAUCCUUUUUGGUCCUUUUGCAAGGAUCGUCAUCUAAGGAGCGCCUCCCCCUUCCUACCCUUCCCCCCCCCCAAAAAAAAAGAUCCGCUCCCUAGGUAGCUUAUUUAUUGAAAUUAAUUUAGGUAUGUAUUACGAAAACCGACCGAUCCUCCAUUUCCCUCGUAUGUACAAAAAAAAAAUACUGUACUGCUCUCUUUUCUAUUUUUCUUAAUUCUCUUCCGUGGCCCAAUUUUUUUUUUUUUAUUUUUUUUUUCAUAAUUGCAGUCGUAAUUAUACCUACGCGGAGAAGGGUCUUCUCAGUCAAAAGAUAUAUAUUUAAUUUUUAUCAAAUUAUAAUUGUAGAAAUUAUGUAAAUUAUUAUCAAAAAAAAAAAAAAAUAAUUAAAUGAGUUGAAAAAGUAGAAACUCAAGUGUACUUAGAUAAUUAAAUUUAAAAUUUUCCUUAAGUUGUAAGUAGAAAAAAAAAAUUUUUUUUUUAGAGUGAUUUAAUCACGUGUAUUUUUUUAAGUAACUAGAAAUUUAAAAAAAAAAAAACUGUUUUUUCUAAUUUAAUUUUGUUUUCAAAAAACAAAAAGUAAUAUAUGUAUAUUUGUUUCUUUUGAUACAAGAACACCUUUUUCCGUUGAGGAUCUCGAAAAUAAACGAGGAGGAUGUUUUAACAAACAAAAAAAAUUCUUUUUUUCUUUUUUUUUUGGGCCAAUUUCAAAAUCAAAUCUAAGUCAUUUUUUUGGUCCGACAAUUAUUGAAAUUGGCCCUUAUAGCGAAUAUUAACAUAUUUAAAUUUCCAUAUCACUCGUUCGCUUGAUUUUUAAAUUCUUUUUUCAAAAAAAAAAAAAAAAUUUACAAAAAACUAAUAUUAAUAAUAAUAAUAUUAAUAUAAUAUUAAUAAGAAUUAAUAAGAAUAAUAAUAAUAUUAAUAAUAAUAAUCAUAAUAAUAAUAACUAAUAAUAAUUAGAAAAUAGAAUUUUUAGAUUGUUAUUCGUUUAUUCGAAAUUACGAAAUUAAGAAAAAAUUUCGAAAAUUUCGAUAAAAAUUAUUUAAAUUGGGUGUAAAAAUUCAAUUCUUUUUAUUUUUAAAUUGGAUUAAUUUUUUUCUUUAUACUUUCUUUUUAUGCAAAAUUGUUUUUUUUUUUUUUUUUUUAUUAUAUUAUCAGUUCACUGUGUUCGUGAGUCCUCCGCGUUUGUGUUCGCACUUUCACCUGAUUUUUGAUAAUACUCAAUUACCUAAUUGUAAUUAGUUAAUUUCGCUUAGAGGGGUCCCUGGACGUGCGGUGUUUGUAUAUGUAAUUUUAUAAAGUAAUAACAAAAAAAAAAAAAAAAGUAGAAAGAAACGUGUGCGUAUAAAAAAAAAGACUAAUACGCCUUCCUCCCGACGAUAUUUAAUUUUUUUUAUUUUUAUUUCCCUAUUGUUCGCCGCUAUAAGUAUAUAUAUAUAUAGUAGCUUUGUAAAACGACCGAUUUGUUUAUCAAAAACUUUUUGCAGUUUAUUUAAAAUAAAGUUAUGAGUCCCAGUGUAAAUCGGUCGCAAAUUAUCAUUAAUUUAUUUCAGCGACGAAUAACAAGGAAAAUUAUUAUUAUUUUUUUUUUGUUGGUAGAAAGGCGCGCGAAAAAAAAAAAUUACAAAGUAGCGCAAAAAAAAAAAUAACAUGCAACUAUUAAGUUGAUAAGAAAAAGAAGUCCGACGCUUAUAAUUUAAUAACAGACAACUAAUGUAACGUAUAUUGUAAUUGUAUUGUAAUAUGGUAUUGACGGUAUUGUAAUGACACCCUCUUUAAAAGUUAACAUACUCAUUUUGUAUGUGUAAGUGGCUUCGCUGUGUUUAAAAUAGAAAAAUUAUUUCUAAUAAUCGAAUUCGCAAUUUUUAGUAAAAAAAAAAUCAGAAUUUUAAAUAAAAACUAAUAUACCAAAAAAAAGAAGAAGAAUACGAAUUCGAAAAAAAAUGCAACGCAGCGAAGUUACCAUCAUUCCAUAUAAAAACUGUUAUCGUGCGUGAAAGUUUGAUCAUUUAUGUCUGAAAAAAAAAAACGAAAGCAACCCUUAGAUAUUUUUUUAAACUUGAGAAAUUAAUCAAAAUACAUUUUAUGUUAUAUACGAAUGUUUAAAAAGAGAAAAAAAAAAGAAUGUUAUACGGUAAAAGAAAAAAAAUAAAUUGACACGGCUAUAAUAGAGAUGAGGUUUUUUGUCUCAUUUUCUCAUUUUUUGCCCACCGCCGAAAAAAAAAACCGAAGCGAACGAGAUAAGUUGAAAAAAAUCCAGAAGAAUCUGACUACCCUAUAUAGAUAGAUAGUAUACAAUAAUAAAAUUAUUAUAUAUGAAGAAAAAGGUAAAGUAUAAAUAUUAUAUAUAAAUAAAAUAUAUAAAAGAUGAUGUGUAUUGUAAGAUAUUUAAUACCGACUUGUUAGACUCACUUGAUGUUAAUCAAGAAGACGAUCAAGAUGAAUAAUAAUGGAUUAUAAUUUACGAUGAUGUCGAACAAAAAGACACCACCUACACCAAUCGCGUUGUAAUAUAGAGGCAUACAUACUCCGUUAUCCAUUAAAAAAAAUAAAAAAACAAAAAAAAAAAAAA